GCCCCACGCAAAAGCUCGAGGAAAUUACGAUCGUAUCUUUUUUUCGCUUUUCCGCUUCUCAGCUCGAUUUUACCAAGCUCUUCAUUUCCACAAUAUUCCUGUGUCGAUUUCAGCAUGUCCGACCGUGAAUUUAGCUCAAACGACGACCUGUCGCUUCCCAAAGCCACGGUCCAGAAAAUUAUCACCGAAAUCUUGCCCCCCAGCUCCGGUCAAACCUUCUCCAAGGAUGCGCGCGACUUGCUCAUGGAAUGCUGUGUUGAAUUCAUCACCCUGAUCUCCUCCGAGGCAAACGAUAUCAGCGAGAAGGAAGCCAAGAAGACAAUCGCAUGUGAACACGUUGAGAAGGCUCUGCGGGAUCUUGGUUUCAGUGAUUAUAUUGCCGAUGUUCUCGCCGUUGCUGAGGAGCACAAGCAGCAGCUCAAGUCACGAGAGAAGAAACAAAGCAAGAUGGAGCAGAGUGGUCUGACGGAGGAGGAGCUUCUACGACAACAGCAGGAGCUGUUUCGUUCAGCAACAGACAAGUACCAUGCCGUGCCAGAAUAGAAUCUCUUAAGACUCGUGCUGGUCAUAGAGCAAAAGGGUCACUGGGCGUUCUGCGAGUCCCACUGGAUAUGUGGGUCUGGAGUUUUGUUCGACUGUUCUUGGUCUUUCUUGUCAUUGUUUGGGGGUGGGUUGGGGAAUACUAAUGGCGCAUACACGUCAAUGCAUCAUUGAAUUAUACAUGAUUUCAACGUUUAAUGAA